CUGCCUACUCUGUGUCUCGGAUCCUUUAAAAGGCGGGGCUUGUUGUCAGCCCCGAGGCCCGGGCAAAAGGCUGGGACUUUACUCAGGCGGCAGAGAACCGUCUGAGCUCCAUCAGCUGACGCAAGCGCUGCGCCCCAGCCUGAGACACGAUGAGCGGCAGAGUCGGCGACCUGAGCCCCAGCCAGGAGGAGGCGCUGGCCAAGUUUCGGGAGAAUGUCCAGGAUGUGCUGCCCACUCUGCCGAAUCCAGAUGACUAUUUUCUCCUGCGCUGGCUCCGAGCAAGAAGCUUCGACCUGCAGAAGUCCGAGGCCAUGCUCCGGAAGCAUGUGGAGUUCCGAAAGCAAAAGGACACUGACAACGUCAUAAGCUGGCAGCCUCCAGAGGUGGUCCAACUGUAUCUUUCAGGGGGCAUGUGUGGCUACGACAUGGAAGGCUCUCCCAUCUGGUACGACAUCAUUGGACCUCUGGAUGCCAGGGGUCUGCUCCUCUCAGCCACCAAACAGGACUUGCUGAAGACCAAGAUGCGGGACUGCGAACUGCUUCGGCAAGAGUGUAACCGCCAGUCCGAAAAGAUGGGGAAGAAGGUAGAGAACAUAACCCUGAUUUAUGACUGUGAGGGGCUUGGUCUCAAGCAUCUCUGGAAGCCUGCUGUGGAGGUCUAUGGAGAGUUUCUCUGCAUGGUUGAAGAUAAUUAUCCUGAAACACUGAAGCGUCUUUUAGUUAUUAAAGCCCCUAAACUGUUUCCUGUGGCAUAUAACCUGGUCAAACCCUUCCUGAGUGAGGAUACGCGUAAGAAGAUCAUGGUCCUAGGGGCAAACUGGAAGGAGGUUUUACUGAAAUAUAUCAGUCCUGACCAGUUGCCUGCGGAGUAUGGGGGCACCAUGACUGACCCUGAUGGAAACCCCAAGUGCACAUCCAAGAUCAAUUACGGGGGUGAUAUCCCCAAGAAGUACUAUGUGCGAGACCAGGUGAAGCAGCAGUAUGAGCACACUGUGCAGAUUUCCCGUGGCUCCUCCCACCAAGUGGAGUAUGAGAUCCUCUUCCCCGGCUGUGUCCUCAGGUGGCAGUUCAUGUCAGAUGGCUCAGACAUCGGUUUUGGGAUUUUUCUGAAGACCAAGAUGGGAGAACGGCAGAAGGCAGGAGAGAUGACAGAGGUACUGCCCAACCAGAGGUACAAUGCUCACCUGGUGCCUGAGGAUGGGACCCUCACCUGCAAUGAUCCUGGCAUCUAUGUCCUGCGGUUUGACAACACCUACAGCUUCAUUCAUGCCAAGAAGGUCAGUUUCACUGUGGAGGUCCUGCUUCCAGACAAAGCUUCAGAAGAGAAGAUAAAACAUCUGGGGGCAGCCACCUCAAAGUAAUGCCUCUUCCCACAGCAGGCCUGGC